CAUUUUUUUCUUCGACAUGCCAACGACUCCAACUCUGAACCACUUUGAGGACUGGAUUUGUUAAUUUAGAUGGAAAGUACUCUCGUAUUUGAAACUGCCCUCGGAUAAAAGCUCAACGUAAGCCUACAUCAUGCCUCGUCGCAAGUUCGACAAGAAAACCGCCACCACCUUCAACCUUGUGCACCGCGCUCAAAAUGAUCCCCUCAUUGACGAUAACGAUGCACCUUCUAUGGUCUUCGCCGAGAAGCCCAUUCCGGUCAAAAAUCGUCGCCCGACUGACGAUGAUUACGCAUAUUCAUCCGCGGCGAGCGUAAUCUCUGGCUCAUCAUAUCGUAGUUCAAAAACCAGACACCGAGGGGAUCUUGAGGAUGAAUUUCGUGGCGCAGACGUUCGUGAGAAUGAAGGAGAAGCAGCACAACACGGAAUUUUCUUCGACGACACCCAGUAUGAUUACAUGAAACAUAUGCGAGAUCUUGGAUCGGGCAGUGGUGCGACUUGGGUGGAGGCUCGGUCGGCGGAUGAUGCAAAGAAAAGGAGCAAACAAUCACUUGCGGAUGCUUUGCGCGGCAUGGAUCUGGAUGAGACGAGGAGCGUUGGUAUGACCAGUAUGACCAGCAGCAGCAGCAUAGCACGGAGUCUGUUACCGGAAGAAGUUCUACCCAGCGAAUUCGUCCGACGCAAGACCUAUCAGGAUCAGCAAGAUGUGCCGGACGAGAUUGCAGGGUUCCAGCCAGAUAUGGAUAUGCGUCUACGUGAGGUCUUAGAGGCGCUGGAGGAUGAGGCAUAUGUUGAUGAAUUGGAGGAAGGGGAAGAAGGAAACAUUUUCGCAGAGUUGACCCAGGAUGGGUACGAGGUGGAUAGGGAUGAGUGGGAGCGACUGGGAGAGCAGCAAUUGUUCGACGAUGAAUACUAUGAUGAGGACGAUGCAGGCUGGGAGAGCGACGAUACAAUCAAGGCAGCCAACUCGCCCAAAUCAAAAUCACGCAUGCCAGAACCUCCUUCCUCAGAGGGAGUUGUGCUCCCUGAAGGCGAAACAGCCGAGGCUCCUUCCGAUGUUCAGGCACAGCCACCUGCUGACCCAACGGCCGGAGCAUGGCUCGACGAGUACAAGAAGUUCAAAUCGUCACAAAACGAGCCAGCUUUGAGCGACAUUGCUGAAGGCGGCGAGCAAAAGCCUCGGCGGCGACAACAGCGUGCUCCUUCUGCUUUCGACGCCAGUCUUAUCUCCUCUCUGGCUUCUGGCCGCCGCAAGAAGCGCAAGGGUGCGCAGACGUCUACGACAAAUUACUCCAUGACAUCGUCGUCCCUUGUCCGGACGUCACAGCACAGUCUCCUAGACGAACGUUUCGACAAGAUUGAAGAAGCGUACACUCUCGCCGAGUUCCCAGAAGACGAAGAAUUCAACGAAAACGCUUCUCUGGCAUCCGGUCUGACUGGGGUCUCUCCGCCAAACUCUGUCAGAGGCGAUUUCGAUGGCAUCCUCGAUGACUUUUUGGGCAGCUACAAUAAGGCUGGAAAGGUCGGCGGAGGAAGAAUCAGGAAGGGCGCGCCGUUGACCGGUAUGCAGCAGCUCGACGAAGUUCGAAACGGGCUUGGAGCGGCGAGAAUUACGGCAUCGACUGCUAGAGCGGCUGCUGGGAGACCAUGA